CGGCGUCCUCCUCUGGGAGAAUCCAACAUUUGGGGGCUCGUCCGGGAUCGUGCGCUCACCCCGCUUCACUCCCGAAGUUGCUCUUGGAGGAAAAGGUAAGGUUAGUGGCGCCUUGAGUUGUCUGUGUUCUGUUUUCUGUUUUUCAGUGAGACCGGUCGGAAUUCUGAAAGGGUACCCUCUGUCUGGCAGUCGUCCCGAUCCCAUAAAGGGGUCGAGACUGCGGUCGGUAGACGUACUUGGAGUGCCGCAGGCUGCAACCCUGGGGGACGCCUCGGGGAGAUUGGAGGGCCAGGGACGCCUGGUAGCCUCUCAUCUGUUUUUCCGGCAAAGUGAACCUGAUGAGAUAGGGUUGAUUUUUGGGUGCCAGGAGUAUCAACCCUCCGAUUCAUUUCGGUUUCUGAUUGAAAAUCUGAGAAAAACGAAAAGCGGCCGCUGUGUGUCUAAUUUGUGUGUGUCUUUGUUUUUUGUGUCUUUUACGUGCCUAAUUAUUGUUGUACUGACAAUGGGACAGACAGUGACAACCCCCCUUAGCCUGACGUUAGAUCAUUGGACGGAAGUCAGAGCGAGGGCGCAUAACUUGUCAGUAGAAGUAAAAAAGGGACCAUGGCAGACUUUCUGUACCUCCGAAUGGCCCACCUUCAAUGUUGGGUGGCCCUCGGAGGGGACUUUUGAUUUCCCCACUUUAUUAGCAGUAAAAGCCGUUGUCUUCCAGGAUUCGCCUCAAGGACAUCCAGAUCAGCAACCCUACAUUGUAGUCUGGCAAGAGUUGGUGGAAAACCCACCGCCCUGGGUAAAGCCCUGGGUGCAAAAGAAAAAGGGCCCUCGAGUUCUAGCUGCCCAGACCAAACUUCAGGGCAAGGAAAAAGAAACUACUACCAGAGUUCACCCUGACACUCAAGAUUUGCUUAUGGUUGAUGAUCCCCCUCCUUAUCCCCCUGCUCCCCCUGCCCCUACGGCACCCCCAGCCCCGGCGCCACCACCCCCGGCUCCCCCAGCACUGCCGGCGCCGCCACCCCCGGCACCCUCAGUCCCUGAUGCCGAGGCAGUGGGGGUGGCUCCGGGGCCUGCCCAGGGAACUCGGCGCCACCGAGGGGCCACCUUGGACCCAUCGGGUAUUUUUCCUCUCCGGUCCUAUGGAGUUCCCAUCAUCGGGGAAGAGGGAGAACCCCCUUUCCAACCUCUGCAAUAUUGGCCAUUUUCCUCUGCUGACUUAUAUAAUUGGAAAGCUAAUCACCCUCCCUUUUCAGAGGAACCACAAAGACUAACUGGGCUAAUAGAGUCCUUAAUGUUUUCUCACCAGCCCACUUGGGAUGAUUGUCAGCAGCUUUUGCAGGUGCUCUUCACCAUGGAAGAAAGAGAGAGGAUCCUCCUGGAGGCACGAAAGAACGUGCCUGGGACCGAUGGAUGACCAUCGCAACUCCCUCAUGACAUAGAGAGGGGUUUUCCGUUGACCAGACCCAACUGGGACUUUAAUUCUCCAGAAGGUUACGGGCCCUAGAAGUUGUACAGAGAGAAGUGUGGGCCACCAUCCGGGAAGCCUAUCGGCCGGAAGACCUGUCGGUGCCUCAUCAGUUCCAGGUGGGAGACCCCGUUUACAUAAGACGACACCGAACAGGAAAC